AUGAAUUUCCUCAUAUUAGCAAACAGUUUACUGACACCAUAUAGAACAAAGGACAAAAGUGGCACUGUUGCACUCAGAAACCAAACAGUGGCCAGUAUCAUAUCCAACAAUCAAGUUGUGUGGCAUGGAAUGAGUGUCCACUGUUUCCCUGUUUCUCCUACUCUCUCCCAAAACUUCCCAGAUGAGAGAAAUCUGGCAGCAAAGACCCCUCACGACUCAUCUUUCUCUUUCUCCAGGAGGUACUUCCACUGGAAAAAGAAAUCCGAGGACGAGGUGGACGACGACCAGGGAAUACUAAACUUAAGCUACUCACAUUUCUCCGAGAAAUCAUCGGAGAAAGAUGAUCACGACGAGCUCAGAAUCCCAGUCGUCCAUGCAGAAGUUGCAGUAAUCCCACCAAAGAAACACUCUUUAAUGUCAGUCUCUAAGCUCCGCUCAGCUCUCACGGUGUUUGGGAAAAGCCACCGCUCUCAGCGCCCCGUCCUCGGCCGCAGAGUGAUGGGCACUCUGUUCGGCUACCGCCGCGGACAUGUUCAUUUGGCAUUUCAAGACGAACCCAAGUCGCCCCCUGCCUUCCUGAUCGAGCUGGCGACGCCGACGAGCGUUCUGGUGCGAGAAAUGGCAUCUGGGUUGGUGCGGGUCGCGCUGGAGACGGAGAAGAAAGCGGAGAAUAAGGGUUUGAAGUUGCUGGAGGAGCCGCUGUGGAGGACUUACUGCAACGGGAAGAAAUGCGGCUUUGCUAUGAAGCGGGAGUGCGGCGGUGAGGAGUGGAAGGUGCUGAAAGCUCUGGAGGCGAUUUCAAUGGGGGCGGGAGUUCUGCCGGCGAGUGACGACGGCGUUGGGGCGAGGGGGAGUUAUUACAUGAGAGCAAAGUUUGAGAGGGUUGCGGGGUCCAAGGACUCUGAGGCAUUUUACAUGAUGAACCCUGAUGGCUCUGGAGGUCCUGAGCUUAGCAUUUAUCUGCUUAGAGUUUAGCUUAAAUAAUUAGGCUUGAUUAAUCCAUAUUCUCCUUAAUUAUGUGAUUGAGUCAUGAAAAUUUGGAGGUUGGGUGGUUUUUUCUCCAUAUAUCUCUCUUUUUUGUUCAAAUUUUGGAGCUAAUUAAGAAUGUGGGUUUUUAUGCUUCAAAAUUUUAGGUAGUGUGGGUCUUUGUGUAUAGAUGUUUUUUCCUCGUAUUUCAGCUGGGAUGUUGGAAAACGAGAUGCCUUAUUACUUAUGAAAAAGAAGGUCGUGGUGGUUCGAGUUGGAAACUUUUUA